AUGUUCAUCUUGACUACUAUCUCUGAUUUGAUCCAGAUUGCACCCCAGGACUUUUCAAAGUUCAGUGCAGUGGCAAUCGAGGAUAAUAUUAAUGAGAAAUAUGCCAAUAAAGUAAUUCAAAAAAUUGGCCUGUGCAUCGGUUUCUAUGAUCUACUUGAAUCCUCUGAUGGCCUUAUCGGUCAUGGAACUGGUCUUGUCAAUGUGAACGUCAAGUUCCGGGUGAUCGUCUUUCGGCCAUUCAAGGGUGAGAUCAUGCUAGGCAAGAUCGCUAGUGGCACUGAACAUGGCAUUAAGAUUGGAGUGGAGUUUUUCAACGACAUUCUGAUUCCUCCCGAGCUACUUCUCCCUGGUGCCAAAUUCGAUUUUCAGGAUCAAGUAUGGACGUGGGACAACGAUGACGGCACCACUCUGUACUUUGAUGUGGGUGAAGUUGUGCGCUUCCGUGUGGAAACAGAAGAAUGGCAUGACCAGAUCCCCAACGGGCCUGACAGUGAAACAACUGUCGUUGAACGAAAAGCCCCCUACUCGAUCAUUGGAUCGAUGCAAAUGGGUGGUCUUGGCCCUAUCACUUGGUGGUAG